AUGUCCGGAAAAGACCUGUCUCCUAAAGGAAGGGAAAUUCCAGCAAUUAGGCGUGUGGUGUUGAAUGAUGUUUCGCAACUACCAUCGGACUACAGCACCACUCCAGGGGGAACCUUGUUUUCCACAACACCUGGCGGAACCCGCAUCGUUUAUGACAGAACCCGACUUAUGCAGCUGCGUAACUCUCCUCUAGCCAGGAGUCCUCCAGCUAAUAUGGCUCAAAUCCCCGGCAUAACAGACUUUAACACAGAAGCUGAAGCCACGAAAAAGAGAAGUAAAAGAGGCAUUGUAAAGGAUGAAAAUAAAGAUGAAUCCAAAAUUGGUCAUGAUGAGCACCCUCAGUUUGAGAUGGACAUCUGA